CUUAGCUCCCUGCAGUAAUGUGUAUAAUGUACAAUGGUUCUCAUAAUAUCGGUCCUUCUAUUUGGGUGCUAAGAUUUCACUUCUUGAGGGUUUUUGUAACGAUUCUCUGAGGUGGACCGGUACUAUGAGAAAAAGGUAUAUUUAAAGAAGCCACACAUGUACCACAAAUGCAAAACCAAUCAGCUGCUGCGGAUUUCUUCACCCUACCAGAUACUUUCAUCAUACGUGAACACAUUGGGUCUGAGGACAGAAGCACUGAGUUCAAGAAAGGUCCUGGUUUCAUCGAUCAUGAUUUUCGAAAGAACGUCGCCAAAUACGUCUCGGCGUUUAUCAACAGCCAACAGAACGGGAAACUCCUGAUUGGUGUCGACGAUGACGGUUCCGUGGUAGGAUACGGGAUAAACCAAGGUCAAGAAGACCGCUUGAAGCAGCAAAUCGACGAUGCCAUUAAGGACAUCAGACCUGCUGUGCACCCGAAUGACUACAGAGUGGCUUUUAUACCCGUGGUCGACAACUGGGGCUUGUUCAUUGAAAUUCCAAGUAGAGAAUGCACGACUGAAAAAUGACUAUACAAAUCUACAUCAACAAGGGAAUGCAAAGGAAAGACAACUCGAACAAAAGCUGGAAGAGAAAGAUAAACUUAACCGAAGUUUGGAAUCGAAGAACAGACAUUUGGAAGAGGAGCUCAACAGGCUGAAACUUCAGCGAGAGCACCAGAACGAUAUUAACGGCACUGCAGAGACAGCUCUUAAGACGAUGGAAGAGGUUCAAAAACUUCGUGUGAUGAUGGAAGCACAAGUAAACGUUCAAAGGUGUGCGCUAUUUCAUAGGAAUCAUCACAGAAACGUUCAAAGGUGUGCGAUUUUUAAUAGGAACCAUCACAGAAAUGUUCGAAAGUGUUCGCUAUUUUAUAUUAACUAUGACAUAACUGUUCAAACGUGUGCGCUUUUUUAUAGGAAUCGCAACAUAAAUGUUUACUGUAUUCGCAAAACGUUCAUAAAAUUCAUAAACUCGCACCGUUUCUUACAAGUCACACAUGCCAGUCUAGAAGCUGUAAGAGAAUACACGAGUGAUGGGGUUACUCGACUUAACAUGUAUCAUCGUGCAAAACUGCGUAGUUAAGACGAGGCAGAGAACUGUUGUUUGUAUCCCACUGACUAAAGGACGUCGAAUUUGAGAAUCUUUAAAACAAUUGAAAACACGCAUGAAUUCAUCGUUAGGGCAUUGUUUUAAGUGAUAGUUGUCACGAUUUUCUAAGUAAUAUUACGUUUGUGGUGCCAUUUUCUAAGAAGGGGUUAUUUUUAUUCCAGGGCCGUUUAAAACUAGUCUUUAAAAUAUAUUUAUACAUGUAUAUAGAUAUAUUGCCAUUUUAUAUUUAUAAUAUUGCAAGGGUGAUGUUGUUUUGUAUGGCAUUUAAUGUCCUGAUGUUUUAAUGGCUUGUCGUUAAAAAAUGUUGUUAUAUUUUAUGCUGUUUCUGGGCUUUUAUCUUUACUUAUAGAUGUGUAUUAAAUUUGUCUUGUUGUUUCGAUUCAACAGUCAUUUUAUUAUUUGAAUUAAAGAUAUUUCACUACAUAAUUAAUAUUGUCGAUAAUAUUGAUAAGUAGAUAGAAAAUAUUUUAAUAAAAUAAUAAUUGAGCCGCUAUCAUGGAAAAUGGGUCUUAAUGCAUGCGCUUAAAAACUCGUCCCGGAUUAGCCUGUGCAGUCGCGUAGAUUGGAUAACUCAAUAAGCUUGACGUGCUCUUCGAAAGCCACUUACUCGCUUACUAUUAAACGACUGCACUUAAAAUCAAUCGUUUCAUACUUAAAUAAUAUAAACUCUGAGCAUUGGAAAUAAGCGGUUAUUGUGUUGUUUUAUUAAAAUGUUCAAUGAAGUGUCAUUUCAUGUUAAAUGACCAACUAUUUGAAGUACCGAUAUAUAUUGAAUGGAUACCUUAACUCUUUUAACAUACAACGAUAAAAAAGGCAAAUGAAUAAUAAUUGAGUGUUUAAACGUUUGUCUACCUAUUAAUACUUAAACUAAAGCGAACUAUUGACGUUUGUUCAAUUGUUAGUUGUACAUAGCUGGCGGCGAAGUAUGAUGGUUAAUUUAACCAAACGUUUACCUUUGUGACGAGAACCUUAAAUAUAUAGUCAAGUUUAUAAUGAUAUAAAACCAUAUAGAUCUAACAAUUAAGUCGAGCAUUUUUGUCGGAAUGUUUGGCAAUUGGUCAUUUGUCGUGCCUCAGAGAGAAAUUAUUUUGUUGUUGUGGAUAAAACAUAACCAUUUAGAGAAUAAACUCAAACUAAAUCGAAUAUGAUGUAAGAAUAUUGUGUGUGUAUUUUAGUCUUGCAAUGUUAUGCGGUUAAUGAAACCUUUUCACGUUUUGGUAAAUUGACAAAAUAAAAAAAAGUUUCAGAUUCGCAAA